AUGUCUCCUUCACUAGACACUAUAAUACCUCGUUACCUUGAUAUUGUAUUUCAAGAUGCACUUGCCUUUCAGUCUCACCUCAUUCACCAAGUAUCAGAGGCAAGGGCAUCUGGAAAUGAUGUUAUCACUGACUUUUUCUAUACCAAUAUCGACAGUUCAUGGGCAGUAGAUACAAUAAAACUCCUCGAACAAAAAAGACUCGUCUGUUUCAAAUCAUACAGACCUUCCUGGAGGGUCUUCAAAAUCCGCACAGUGCCCACUCCUCUCCACCACGCUGACCAGGAGUGGUUGUCUCUUUCCAGGGACCAAUGGCUCCCAACAGGCGUCUUGACCCAGAAUGAACGCAGCAUGCUGACCACCACAUCCAACACACUCUUUCGAUUUUCCAGCGGUCCCUAUGCUCAGAUGACAAAGGCUCCGAACAUUGCCGUUCAGCUGAAUGCUACUGGCCUGCCACGGGUAGUUUUCGAGUCUGGAUUCUCCCAAUCCUUCGACAAUCUUCGCGCCGAUGUGGGAGAAUGGAUGAUAGGGGGGACUGGAGCCGUUCAGGCCGUCGUGGUGGUCAAGUGGAAGCCAUCGAGGGCCAUUAUGCGUGUUCGGGGAGAUGUCAAGCUUUAUACGCUCCAAAGCGACGGAAUGCCUCGCCUGGUACAGACAGAGCAGAUAUUUCCCAAGCCACCAGGGCCACCUCAAAUACUGCGACUGACGCGGGGGAUGUUUUUUGGCGCCAAUAUUGAUGCAAACCGCAGUGCCAACGAUGUUUUUGGACUGGAAAUUGAUGAGUUACGACCUGUUGCGACGAGGCUGAUGGCCAACAUGGGGUAUACCCCAGUGUGA